UGAAAUAAUGAUGAUCUAAUAUUAUUUUCAAAUAAUUUUAUAUGUAUAUUCUAUUAUGCUUGCAAUAAGUUGAAAAGUUAGUGAAAGUGUAAACACUAAAGAAGAGGGUGAAAAAAUUUCAUCAAAAUUUGACACAAUGAAUGCUAGGUGGCAUGCUCAUGGAAGAAAUGAUAUUCCAAAGAUUACAAAAUCAACUGAAAAGUGGAAAUGUGACUUCUCUUAUUUCAUCCAAGCUGUUCAUUCAAAGAAUAGAUAACUUUUACAAAUCAACAUUUAAUGUUUCAAAACGAAUAUUUAAAGAAAUUAACAUUUGUUUGGAUAGUAAAAUUUUACGACUCAUAUCAACUUGUCAAUUAAUAUUAAUGCGUCUAAUCAUGGUAUGGUUCUAUUUAUGUUGUAUCUUUAAUCCCACUUCUAAAUACAUGAUAUUGAAGACUAUUGCUUGGGCGUUGAUAGAUAAUAGUCUGAAAAUAAAUUCCUCUAUUGUACUUGCAUAUAAAAAGUAGUAUUGUGGUGUGCGCUAUUUAUGCGGACAGAUAUAAGUAGUAUGUAGCAGGAGGAGAAUUUGGAAUACCCAUCAAUAAAAGAUUAAAAUGGAGAUAACUGGACAGAAAACAGAGAGUGAUCAGAAUAAGAACACAAUUCGAAGAAUGAUGGAGUACGUAAAGGACAACUGAAGGAAGAUGUACAUAUGAUAUAUAUAAUGUAUAAUUUUCAUAUUUUACAAAGAAACUGUUUACGUUCAUUACAAUAUGAUAAAAUACAAGAAAUAAUUUCUUUUAAAUACUACACUGAAAUCCACAAUUUCACACUACUUCAGAUGUAUUAUGAUUUUUA